AUGCGAGAGCAAAAUGUUUACCGCGUUGGGGAAUACGCUACAUUUCAAUCAAUCAAUCAAUCAAUCAAUCAAUCAAUCAGUAAGUCAAUCAGUAAGUCAAUCAGUCAGUCAAUCAAUCAGUCAAUCAGUCAGUCAAUCAGUAUGUCAAUCAGUCAGUCAGUCAGUCAGUUAAUCAGUCAGUCAAUCAGUCAGUAA